AAACUAUUGAAACUGACAAUACUUUAGGUAAACAAGAAAAAUACUAGUGAACCUAUCUUAGUAACUGAAAUUAUCCUACAAUCAAACGUUACUCCGAUAUGUACACAUGUACACACACACACACACACACAGUCCAUCACGAGCGCAUUGCAGAGGCGGUUAAAUUACCAGCGCGUGCGGACCGUUAUCACACUCCGAUCUACAACCGAUUAUCUUUGUCAACAGCUCUCGUUAUCAUCAGCCUAAAGAAUAAAUUAAUGCCUGUGAAUAUAUAAUUUUUUCUUGUAAAUAGUUCCGAUUUAUCAUCUACGCAUUUGUUUAUAAUUCCUGCUUCGUCUUCCUUGGUUUUCUUCAAUCUCAGACGUAUUUAACUACUCCAAUCAACCAAUGGCAUUGAAAUCACUCUUGAACACCAAAUCCCCCAACCAGUAUUUCCACCCACCACCCUUGAAGAUCUUAGUUCUUAGGAUAAUCGAUGCCCCAAAAGUGAUUUCGUGGGAUUUUUCUAAAACAGUGGUCACACCAGCCACAACAAAAUUUAAUAAGGUGGCAAUAUUUUCAGACGGCCAGACAUGCACUAAAGUCACGAUCUUUCAAGAGUUUGGUGAUAGAAUCAAAGAGGGUUACACAUAUAUAAUGAGGGGACAUACAAUCAGGGGAAGUGACCCACCGUACUACCUCAACAUCAAUGAAAGAACAAUGUUCUUUCGAACCACUAACCUGGAGGUGACAGAAGAACUCUACCAACAGGCAGAGGCCCUUCUCUAUCCAGCCUCUCCUCUCACUCCACUCUUUGAGUGCUUGGCGUCCAAGGGCCUCAUGACUGUGGAAGGCCAAGUGAUCGAGGUAUUACCAGUCAAAAAAGUCACUCUUGGUGGUCACUGUGUACCUUUAAAAAAGGUUAUGCUGGAGCAGGGUAGUGACAAGAUGGAACUCUGCCUCUGGCGAGAGGCAGCCACUGAACAAGUGCAGGUUGGCGAGAGGUUGACAGUGACCCACCUCAAGGUCACUAAGAAUGGGAACUUGCAGUCAACUGUUCACACUGCCUUUAAGAAACCAGAGACUGAAGUAAAGGAAGGCUCUAUCCUGGGGGUAAUGGAGCAGCACCAGGACGAGGGGUUCCUCCAGAUCCUGCUUGAUGACGACUCCAUUUACACCAUCAGAAAGGAGCUAUGGUCCCCACUUAAUGAGCAGUUGGUCAAAGGGCCAAUUAGAGUGGUACUGACUACUGAAGGGGGAGAGAUCAUUAACAUAAUAACAAAGGCAAAGGAAGAGUGAAGGGGUGGAGGGGGGCAAAGAGGGUGAGCUUGAAUUUAGUUGGGGGGUGAGAUUGUUGUAAAAAGUUUGUAAAUGUUCUGGGUUUUUUGCUCUUACAUUUAUGUGUUUGAAUUUUUAAUCUGUUCCUAUGUUCAGUUGUUUUAAUAGAUGUUUUAUAA